AUGCAGCCCUCCCCCUCGACGCCCGGGCAGCGCGCGGCAGACACCUGCCCGGCUCCACCUGGACCGGAGCAUACUUCUGCGGCCAGGGCUCGGGCAGCUGCUUCCAUCCUGGGACGGGCCCCGGCCUCCAGCCUCCGGCCUCUGGCAACGUCCCGGGGCCUGGACAUGAGUGCCCAGGAGCCUCCGCAAGGUCGGAGAUUCCCCAUUGAGGCCGGAGACUCCCCGGGUCUUGCCGCCGCCCCCGAGUCCCAGGACAGCCCGGAGCCGGCAGCUACGGAGCACAACCGGGUCAGGCCGCUUCGACGCUGCCCCGGCUGCCACUGUCUGACGCUGCUGCACGUGCCCAUCGACGUCUACUUGGCUAUGGGCGGGAGCCCCCGGGCCCGGGCCACCUGA